AGCCGACUUGACCACAGUUAACUUGUGUUCGGUUAUGUGGCCCCAAAGGCCCUCAAAAUUGUUUUAAGUGUUUUCAAUUUCGAAAUUUGUGGUCACGUAUCAUUUACGCCGCCUCUUAUCACGGCACAGUCACUUUUUGUCGGAAAAAAAACGGCAAAAAAUUCGAGAUGGCUAAAAACAACCUAAACGGAGACAGUGAUGUUUCCUCGAACUGCGAAGACGACGAAAUGGUCUUGUACAAGAAGCUGAGCCUCAACGUGAUCACGUUCCGGACCGUGCGAGACAAGCAGGAUCUGGAGGACCCCCCGAGGAAGGGCAGCUCGUUUAAGCCCGACAUGGCCCACCAGAUAUUCGGGGAGACAGAGAUGAUUUUUGGGUACAAAAAACUGGCCAUAAAUUUGUUUUAUUUGCACAAUUCGGCCAAGUGUUACGUUGAGGUGCAAACCGGGGGGAAAAUACACGAAAACGCCGAUGAUAUCAUGAAAGCGCUAAAUCCCUGGCUGCCGGAAAACUACCGGACUGAAAAGAGCGAUUUUCUCGCCGAUUUGGACGAGGAAAAGCCCGGUCUGAUGUUCGGGGACGUGAUCGACACGUUUUCCACCGAUUCUGAAAAUGUGUAUAAAGUGACAGUUUGCGACCUGAAAAACCCCGACUUCCGCCAGUUCCACCAACGUUUCGAGACGCUAAUCGUGUGGUUCAUCGACGGCGCCAACUUCAUAGACCUGGAGGACCCCCGCUGGGUGAUCUUCUACGUCUAUGAAGAGGGCCCCGAGUCGCACUUCACCCCAGUCGGUUUUUGCACCGUUUACAAAUUCUUCCUCUACCCCAACUUAACGCGCCCCCGAAUUAGCCAAUUUUUCGUGCUCCCCACGCACCAGAAGCGCGGAAUCGGCACGAAUUUGUACAAAGCUGUUUACAAUUACUUGAAACAAAUGCCCGACUCGGGCGAUAUUACAGUGGAAGAACCGACCGAGGUGUUCCAGAAAAUACGCGAUUUUUGCGACAGCUUGCACAUUUAUGAGGAUUUGGAGGGCAAAGGGAUCAACAUCACGACACAAAACCUGAAGCAAAUUAACGAGUUUUUGAAGAAACAUAAGAUUGGGAAACGACAAGCGCAGCGCGUUUUUGAUAUUUUAGAAUGUCUGACUGCGCAUAAAAACGGGUAUAAGGAGUAUGUCAAGUUCACGGAGGGGAUUCGGAGCAGGAUUGCCAACGAGAUUGAGAAGGAGACUCGGGGCAGUAAGAGAUUGUGUAACUUGGAGCGGGCCGGAAUUGUGACCGAACCUAUCGACAAAAAGGCAGCUAUUGAUGCAGAGUAUAAUAAAUAUGUGGAUAGUUUGGAGUGGCCUGUGAAUCGGUUGAGGGCACUGUUGGUCAAGAAGUGACCUGUUUAUUUAUUCUCAUUUUUGCAUUUUUCAUUAAAUUUUCACUAAUAAAGGUUUUUCUACUA